GCCGCGGGCGCAGCCGCCGGGUCCCCAACCCGGACGUCGGAGCCCAGUCGCCCAAUCGACGGGAUGCUCCGGACUCCGGAGCCGCGGCCCGGGGAGGCGGGGGCGGCCACCCAGGCCAAGCCGCUCACCUCCUUCCUCAUCCAGGACAUCCUGCGGGACCGCACGGGCGGCCGGCCGCCCCGGACCCCGCCUCUGCCCCGGCACCAGCGGCCGGAGCGGCGGAGCCCGGAGCCGGAGCCCCAGGCGGGGAGCGGCGGGGCAGACCCGCAGGAGGACCAGGCGAGCCCCCGGCCCCGCGCCGCGCCCGGGGAGGCCGAGUCGCCAGCGGAGACGGAGCCAGAUAGGCACUUGGAGACUUAUCUGUUGGACUGUGAGAACACUUCAGGCACCUCGCCAAGCCUUCCCCAAGCCCCCAAGCAGCCGCAGAAGCGCUCCCGGGCCGCCUUCUCCCACUCUCAGGUCAUCGAGUUAGAGAGGAAGUUCAGCCACCAGAAGUACCUGUCGGCCCCUGAAAGGGCUCACCUGGCCAAGAACCUGAAGCUCACCGAGACCCAAGUGAAAAUUUGGUUCCAAAACAGACGCUACAAGACCAAGCGAAAGCAGCUCGCGUCGGACCUGGGCGGCCUGGAGAAGCACGCCUCCUUGCCAGCCCUGAAAGACGAGGGCCUCUCCCGGGCCCCCCUCAUCUCCAUGUACAGCAGCUACCCUCACUACCCCUACCUGUACUGCCUGGGAGGCUGGAGCCCAGCUUUCUGGUAAAGCCAGCUCAGACGACAAACGUUCAUGAUCAGAAACUGCCUUCCCCAGGUUGUCUUUCCUCAAGGCAAAAGGGGCCGGGCCGGGAGGACUGGGAGCAAGAGGCAUGCAGACCAAGACUGUUGGAGGUUUGCCUGGCAAUUCCAGAUUCUUCACUGGUGGGCCAAUGAGAGGUCUGGACCAGUGAAUAAUUUAAUAUCCAAAUAGUUCCCCCCGACACAUGAUGUAGGUCCCUUUUGCCGUUAGAGACCUGUUUGAAGGGGAAGGGCAGAGUCAAGUGCGGUUUGCAGCCCUGUGUGGGCUGCUGUGUGCGCUGUCCGAGUUGCUACUGAGGGUUGAGUUCCUGGAGCUCCCUUCUCCCAUGUAACCGGGCAGAGACUCUGAGAGAGCAAACCUGAGGGAGAGAGGACAGCCAAGGUGAGCAUGUCACCUACCAAAUUAGACUGAAGUUCAAAAGCCUCAUUGGCCUUGGAAUAUGACCAAGGUUUCUCUUUGUCCCUGUAAGAGAGGGACACAGAGAGUCUCGCCGAGAAACCUGUCGUGCUCGGGUUUAGUCCUUUGUAAAGAGUUCACCAACCUAAGUAUUUGCAAGGUGGCCCAGGUAGACCGGGAGUUAUUAUUCGCUGUGGGUUUAAGACAAGCUGUGUAACCAGAACACUACUGUAAGCAGCGGGCCAGGCCAGAAGGAUCCCCGUGUGUCCAAGGAGAAGCCCCCACGCUGCUGCGGGAGGCAUUGCAAUUUUGUUAGCAAAAGGUAAAAAACAAACAAACAAAAAGCCUCUCUGGAUCUUUUGCCCCGGGUCCGAGAACUUAGAAUGAGAAGGCUCCUGGAGUUCUCGGGCUGUAUUGCAUGCCACAUCACGACGAUCACAUAAUUCUUUACGCGCCUUCCUCAUAUUUUCUGUCCCGUUUGCACAGCAAUCACCCACUGAAAUGGCUUCUUUUCAAUCCAGACUUUGGGUCUGGCUGCACCUAACAUAUGCCUUCCUUAUUUAGCCUGAGAUCUGGUCCAGUUUUUUGUUUUGUUUUAUUUUUUUCCUCUCAAACUUUAUCUCUCCUGGGUUAAAAAAAAGGGAGGAGGACAGAUUCUGAAUUGGCUAAAAUACAUGUGUUUUGUUUUUUAUAUGUCUAACAAUUAUUUUUUUCUUUUAAAAAUAUACAGCAUUAAAUCCCAAAUCCUAUUUAAAGAUUUGACAGCUCCAGAGGUCACUGCUGCUUUUAUAGGACUUUCUGGUGGCUGUUGUUACAGUUCAAAGUCUGACAACCCUAUGGGAUCCCCGCAGGCAGGGGAAGUAAGAGGAAAGGCUUUCACACACGGGAAGGCAGUGCACAAUGCAGGGUCGGUACCAUUGAGCUGGCCAUGGAGAUUCAGGGCUCAGGGCUGGGGCUGGGGCAGGGGGGGCGGGGGUGGGCAGGGGUGGUGGUGGUGUGUGGAAGAAAAGUCUGCCUGGCCUCAGAGAGCCCAGUCCAGGAGAGAGCACUUUGCAGAAAGAGGCUAAGAAAAAAAGAAACAGUUUUCAAAAUGCAACAUUAUUGUGACUCCCAUCACGAAACAAAAAAUAACUUUCCAAAUGCUUCAGGAACUGUGUUUAAUGCCUGUAAAAAAAAAAAAAAAUGGAUCCCCAAAAUGAGUCACCUCGCGAUUUCAGAGAGAACGAGAAGAGGGCAAAGGAGAAGUGUGGCCACCCUUCUGUUUCCACUCUGUUAUCUCAGGUGACCUGGGAGAGGGAAGACAGAAUGAAGAAAGCCAGUCACUAAUGAGGUACCCCGAGGCCUGGAAAUCUCUUGAUCCCACCACUUACUUCUCUUUAGUGAGAAACCUUUCAAUUUCCUCCUAUUAAAAGGGCCAAUUUACUGUUGGUGGCAAACCCACCAAAGUUGAUAGAAUGUUGGCCCAUUUCACCCCAGUUUCUAGCGCUCAAACUCCACAUUGAAAUAUUGUAAAACGCCACGUGCUGCUGGCAAUGCUGGGAGCCUAGAAGGCAGCAUGGCCUACAUCGCUUUCCCCUUUUCACAUGUCUCCUAAGAUACGCGUUCAAAGCUCAUUCUCUGCUCAGUACCCUUUCUCCCCCACCUCCUAAAUUUAGUUCUUUCAACCUGCAAUUCUGCAAGUAUUAAACAUUUCACUGUGAUAUAUACUGUGUUGCAAAAAAAAAAAAAAAUCCAAAAACAAAACACAACAGUCUUUGUUUAAAAUUAUUUGGUUUGUGAAUCCAUCCUGCCUUUCCCUGCUUGGAACUAGUUACUCCACCCUAUCUGAACUGGUAGAAGGGCGUCUGAAGAGCUAGUAUGUCGGUAUCUGGUGGGGGACCUGCAGGGUGCCCCAGACCGCUUCACCCAGACGGCCCGUUUUCUCGCCUGUGUAAUAAAAUCAGUUUGGUUUGCUCGACGUGCAUAACAAACUCCGCUCUGAUCUAUAACAUGCCAAGGCCUGCGACUUAAAGUUGAAUAAAGUAUCCGAACCCAACUUUA